GUAUUUAAGUAAACAGCUACAUAAUUAUCAUAAUUAUGGUCGAUUUAAGAAUGAUUUUGAGUGAUUCAUAAUCUAUAUUCGGAAUAUACCUUUAUCGAUUGUGAAAACAGCUUGAAUCAUGUUACGAUUCCCCCUGCACCGGGUUCUGAACCCACAGAGUGCUAGGGUGGUCACUGUUUGCAACAGAGGUACAGCCACAAAAGCUCCGGAGAAGGUUGAAGUAUUUAUUGACGACAAGCGGGUUCUUGUUGACCCUGGAACUACGGUGCUACAGGCUGCUGCUCUUGUUGGAGUUGAAAUUCCCCGAUUUUGUUAUCAUGAACGACUUUCAGUUGCUGGCAACUGUAGGAUGUGUCUUGUUGAAGUGGAAAAAUCGCCGAAGCCCGUGGCUGCGUGUGCAAUGCCUGUUAUGAAGGGGUGGAGAAUCAAAACAAAUUCAGACAUGACCCGCAAAGCACGAGAAGGAGUAAUGGAGUUUCUACUGGUGAACCAUCCCCUUGAUUGCCCCAUUUGUGACCAAGGUGGGGAAUGCGACCUUCAAGAUCAGAGCAUGGCUUUUGGCAGUGACAGGAGUCGCUUCGAAGACAUCAAGUUCUCUGGAAAGAGGGCAGUGGAAGACAAGGACAUUGGACCACUAAUAAAAACAAUCAUGACCCGGUGCAUCCAUUGUACUCGCUGUAUCCGCUUUGCAUCUGAAGUGGCUGGAGUUGAUGAUCUGGGCACUUCUGGGCGUGGAAAUGAUAUGCAGGUGGGAAUGUAUGUAGAGAAGUUCUUCCUGUCAGAACUUUCUGGAAAUGUGAUUGACCUCUGUCCCGUUGGAGCUCUCACUUCUAAACCGUACGCUUUCACCGCCAGACCUUGGGAAACGAGGAAGACGGAGAGCGUGGAUGUUUUGGAUGCAAUUGGCAGUAAUAUUGUGGUCACAACCCGCACGGGAGAAGUACUCAGGGUAUUGCCGAGAAUUAAUGAGGAAAUUAAUGAGGAAUGGCUGUCAGAUAAAGCAAGGUUUGCUUAUGACGGUUUGAAAAGGCAGCGCCUUGUAACUCCAAUGUUGAAAAAUGCAAGUGGUGAGCUAGUUGCUGUUCAGUGGGAAGACGCUCUGAUAGCUGUCAGUAAAGCUAUCAGGGCAGCCGGUCGAGACGUAGCUGCCGUAGCAGGAGGCCUUGCGGAUGCUGAGUCACUGGUGGCUCUGAAGGACUUGCUCAACAGACUAGGAUCAGAGAGUCUGUGCACCGAGCAUGUAUUCCCACUAGAUGGCUCUGGGACAGAUCUUCGUUCAAAUUACCUUCUCAACACCAAGAUUGCAGGUGUGGAAGAAGCAGAUUUGGUUUUAUUGGUUGGAACCAACCCGAGGUUUGAAGCUCCACUCUUGAACUCUCGAAUUCGCAAAUCAUAUCUUCAUAGUGAUCUAGAGAUUGCUGUUAUUGGACCCAAAGUAAAUCUUACAUAUGAUUAUGAACAUCUGGGUGACAGCACUAACAUAUUGGAACAGUUGGCUAAAGGUAGUCAUCCUUUUUCAAAAAAAUGGGCUGCCGCAAAACGUCCUGUUCUGGUCUUGGGGUCUGACCAAUUACAGAGACCAGAUGGAGCAGCCAUCUUGUCCUUGGUACACAAGAUUGCUUCUGUUAAAAGUGUGAGUGAUGGUUGGAAAGUGCUGAAUGUUCUUCAUCGCGUAGCAUCACAGGUAGCUGCACUGGACCUGGGUUACAAGAUGGGUGUUGCUGAAAUAAGAAACUCCCCACCUAAAGUGCUGUAUCUGUUGGGUGCCGAUGAGGGAACCAUUACGCGCGAUGACCUACCCAAGGAAACUUUUGUUGUAUACCAAGGACACCAUGGUGACGCUGGAGCCGCAAUAGCAGAUGCGGUGCUCCCAGGAGCAGCGUACACUGAGAAGCAAGCCUCGUAUGUGAACACGGAAGGAAGAGCCCAACAGACGUUGGUGGCAGUCACACCCCCAGGUCUUGCCAGAGAAGACUGGAAGAUAAUCAGGGCACUUUCAGAGAUCGUGGGAUACAAGUUGCCAUAUGACUCGUUACAUGAGAUAAGGCUUCGCUUAGAAGAGGUUUCCCCCAGUCUUACACAUUAUGGAGAAGUUGAAGAAGCAAAUUACUUCAAACAGGCUGCAGAUCUGUCGCAAAGUGUGACUCAGGAGCUGUCUCAGAGCCCUCUUGAUGUAAAGCAAAAGGAACUGGAGGACUUCUUCAUGACGGAUUCCAUUAGUCGUGCAUCACCCACCAUGGCAAAAUGUAUACAAGCAGCUCUCAAACAAAAACAAUCCAAGUAUUAGAUUUAAAGUUUAGUGAAAUUCAUCGAAGUAUUGUCAUGAGGUUCCGAAGCUUCCAGCACAUGCAGCGAAGGUUUGAUUCUCUUUGGGGAAAUAAAGGUCAUUCUCUUAUACAACAAGCAAACAAUGUGUUAAUAUUAGCGCAGAAUUUCUUCAGCCCUUAAUGAAGUGAUUAUCAUAAUUGGAAAUGUACAUAAUUCAAUAAUUGUUAGGUUCAUUAAUUUAUAGUACUUUUGUGCUGAAAGCAUAGUUGGCUUGUUGAGAAUUAUGUUUAUGUUAUUUACGGCUAAUCUUAAUAGGUUUCAGCCUUUCCGUAGUCGCGUAAGGAACAGUUCUGCUGCACAGAGUACGCUGUACAUUGUGGACAGAUCAUUUCCUGUAAAAUUGAUUUUUCUUUGGUGUCAGUCAAUAUAUCGAUGUAAUUUAGGCUGGUCGUAACUGAUGGCAGUCAUGGUCUCAUAGUUUUUAAUUUUAAAUGUGAGAACAUUGAAUUCAAAUGUGUCGAGAUCAGUUAUUGCACUGGUGUCUAAAUUCUUAAAAUAAGGUGGUUUUUCACUAAAAGAAAAAGCAGCCUUCUGACACACACAUUUUCAGUAGCAGUGAUUGGGUUAAUAUAAACUGCAUACUCUUCAGUUAGUGGCGAAUGUUUAACGUGGGGUUCAGUUUGUUCUGAAGCUGUAUUUUGGAAGUUUGUUAAAACAUUUCAUUCAAAGAGAAUAUGACUACUAUAUUCCCUUAUAUUCCGGAAGCUAAAAUUAAAAUCUAGCCAUUUUAUCAGCUAUUUUCUUCAGUCACUGAGCAGAGAAGAAAAUCAAUCAAGGUUUGUAAAAUACACGGCAUGUGAUGUAUACUGCAGAUGGACUGUAGUGGAUCAGAUUACAUGUGCAUUAGGUGAGUCUGAUGAAAGGAUUUUGAAUCCCAUGAUGUGUGUGUUUAUUUCACAUUGUAUAUAGGUACUGUAUUGUCUCAUAUAAAAAUAAAAAUUAUCAGAUAAGACACAAAUCUAAUCAACGCUGAAAGGCAAGAAUUUUAUGUACUGAAGAGAAGCGAGAUGUAACUUUGGAGAUGAAUAUGUAGGUGUGAUAGUAUUAUUAAAAUGGAUCUCAGAAAUGUGGGCUAUGGGA